UUGUUAAAAAAAAGGAAAAAAGAAAGAAGAAACACACACAGAUACAAAGGGAAAGAAUGUAGUGAGAAAAUAGAGAGAGAAUAGGAUUUGCUUUUACGUCUCCUUCUCUAUCUCUGUCUGAGUUAGCCCUCUCUCUUCUUCCUUUCUCUUCCUUCUUUGCUUCGGAGAAGCAAAGAAGAGAAGAGACGAGAGGAGACAACCGAAAACAGAAACCCACCUACCCCAGGAAGAAAUACGUUUUAUUUGAAAUUUUUUGGAAGCUUUGUACCGGAAAAUUAUUUUUAGAGCUUUGGUUGGACUGGAAUUGGGUUUGGUUGCUUUUGAUUGAUUGUGGGUUUUCGGUGUUGGUCAAGAUGAUGGUGGCAAGCAGUUUUGAUCUUUGGAAAAAAGAUGUCUUCUUUCCUGCAGCUGAGGAGGUGCAAGAAUCAGCUGAUAUAAUGGAAUCCACGUACAGGGCAUGGGUUCGACAGAAGAGAGAAAGGUUAGCACCAGACAAUUUGGAUGAACUUUGUAGGGAGCUGCAAACCGCUUUAGGUACUGCCAAAUGGCAGUUGGAAGAGUUCGAGAAAGCAGUCAGGUUGAGCUAUGGACAACGCGGUGAUGAUCAUACAACAGCUAGACAUAAACAAUUUAUUGCUGCCAUUGAAAACCAAAUUUCUCAUGUUGAAACAGCAUUAAGGGAAUCAUUUAGUGUGGAAGGAAAGCAACCCCUUCGAUGGGUACACCUGGAUGAAGAAGAAUGUGAUGAUUUUGCUGCAUUUCUGUCUGGGACACCACAAAGUUUGCUAUGUGCCAAAAAUGAAUAUGUAGAACUUGGACCUUCUGUGAAAAGCUCCGAGGAAAAUGACUUUAGAAGAAAAGACGUGGACCUUAAAUCUAAUGCUGCCUGCAGCAGAGACAUUUCUGAUGAAAUAAAGGGGGUUAAAGAUGUUAUUACUAUAUCUAAGGAUCUAAAUUUUGUCAUGGAAGUAAAGGGGAAAGAAAUCGCAGAAAUGAGGGAUGAUAUAAUUUAUGAUGCAGAUAGAACAACUAAUACAAGGAAGGCAUGCAGUUCACCAAAUUAUGGUGAUUUGAGGAUCAUAAUAGCUGAUGAAGUUGAACACAGAAAAAAACUAAUUCCGGGGUGCGAGGACACACCUAAAGAAAAAGGAUCCAAACUUGUCUUCUGGAAGCAAAGGUGUGCGCAAUUGCAUCAGGCAACAGCAGCAGUUAAUUUGUUCAACCAGCUGUUUGGUCGGGUUGGUGCAUCUCAGAAGCAAUUACAAAGUCCACAGAAACAAUGGCAAACACCACUACGCUUACAUAAUCGUUGUUCUGUUCAAGCUACUCUUGGUUUAAUGCUCACUGUUUUCCUGCUUGUACCAUUUGUAUUUUAUUCAAGCUGAGAUAAAGUGGUAAAUACACAGCAUCUGAUCCGGAUGAAAACUAAAGGUAUUGAAGCUGUUACUAAGGUGACAAGAGUCUGAAAAGGGAAUGCUUGCGACUAACAUCUCCUUGGUUGUUGUCAAGGCUAUGGAAUGGGGCGGCGGUCCUUUUAGAUUUCCUGAUUCCAUUAAAUUGUAAAUGCAUUCAGGUAGCUUCUAAAACAUAAGAAGAACAUUUGUAAGUGUAGACAUUCCACAAUCUCACUGAGCUUGAAACUUCGAUUAUGACAUUAUGGUAUGAUGCCAAUGGUGGACAUGGACUCGAAAAUCCAUGCCGAAGAUGUUCUGCCCACCUUACUUGUAAAGUCCUCAUGUAGUGCAAGGAAUGAGCACAAAAAAUAAUACAAAUGCAAUGUUGUGUGAUUCACGCGAUUCA